UUUACUGUGAAAGCUUCUACCGGAAGCUGUGUGUGCUUGCUUUAUGGACCUUGCCGUGCUGUAGGAGCGGAGCGGGGACGGGGACUGCGGUGAUAAACAAACACACGCAGUGGAGUCGUUAGUGUCUCGUCGAGCUCUGUUGCAACGCUUCUGCAGCACCAGCCGACUUUCAGGAAAGCUGACCUUCAAUAACCAAGCUGUGAAGUCCAGACUGGAAUUAAGAAAAACAAAACACAUCCAGGACUUUAUCUGAAAAACACCAGGAUUUUUAUCCCCGUCUCCCUCCUUCCCUCCCUCCCUCCCUCCUUCCCCCGGGGUCGGCUUAUGUGACACAUUAACGUCCCGGCAGCGACACGAGCGAAACAUGACGGAGCUGAGGAAGCGAGGCGGAGGCGGAGGAGACCCUGACAGCACCGACAAUAUCAGCGACAAGGAGGGUGAUGGUGAUGACAGGCUUGACCUGCAAGGCGACGUGGAGGGAGAAUGUGAUGGUGACUCCAAAGCAGACACUCCAGAUGUUCCUCUCUCCACAGCAGACACAGACAACACUCCACAAUACUUGAACAAAGCUCUGGAGGGCCUGCCGCCCAGAUGGAAGAACUACUGGAUACGGGGGGUUCUGUCAUUAGCCAUGAUUUCAGGCUUUUUCCUCAUCAUCUAUAUGGGACCUAUCGCUCUAAUAUUAGUCGUUAUGACCGUCCAAAUCAAGUGUUUCCAAGAAAUCAUUACCAUCGGCUACAGAGUUUACCAUUCCUAUGAACUGCCCUGGUUCAGGACACUAAGCUGGUACUUCCUGAUUUGUGUCAACUACUUCUUCUAUGGUGAAACUUUAGCAGAUUACUUUGGGGCUCUGGUGCAGAGAGAGGAACCUCUGCAGUUUCUGGCUCGCUAUCACCGCUUCAUCUCCUUCGCUUUGUACCUCGCAGGUUUCUGCAUGUUUGUGCUGAGUUUAGUGAAGAAACAUUACCGCCUGCAGUUUUAUAUGUUUGCUUGGACCCAUGUGACCCUGUUGAUUGUGGUAACUCAGUCCCACCUUGUCAUUCAGAACCUGUUUGAAGGGAUGAUCUGGUUCAUUGUUCCCAUCUCCAUUGUGAUCUGUAACGAUAUCAUGGCUUACUUGUUUGGAUUCUUCUUCGGGAGGACUCCACUGAUCAAGCUCUCGCCCAAGAAGACCUGGGAGGGAUUCAUCGGAGGGUUCUUCUCCACUGUGGUCUUUGGCUUCAUCCUGGCCUACCUCCUGUCUCAGUUCCAGUACUUUGUGUGUCCUGUGGGCUUCAACAGUGAGACCAACAAGUUUACAGUUGAAUGUGAGCCUCCUGACAUCUUUGUGAUGCAGGAGUACACUCUACCUGCUGUGCUACAAAACACACUGAAAUGGAAAACGGUGAACCUGUAUCCGUUCCAGAUCCACAGCAUCUUCCUCUCGUCCUUUGCGUCUCUCAUCGGGCCCUUUGGCGGCUUCUUUGCAAGCGGCUUUAAGCGGGCCUUCAAAAUCAAAGACUUUGCCGACACCAUCCCCGGCCACGGUGGCAUCAUGGAUCGAUUCGACUGUCAGUACUUGAUGGCCACCUUCACACACGUCUAUAUAGCCAGCUUCAUCAGGGGACCGAACCCAAGCAAGGUGCUACAGCAGCUGUUGAUGCUUCAGCCUGAACAACAGCUCAGCAUUUUCCACACUCUGCACUCCCACCUGAGAGAGAGGGACAUGCUGCCCCCCGCCGCCGACCAGGCUGAAUAAAACACUGUCGGCUUCUCAGGUUGAUGAAUGGAGCACCCUCGCGCGCGCGCGUGUGUGUGUGUGUGAUGGCUUUGAAAGUUUGUGUGAGCAUGUACACACCACACACAGGCUGUAUGGUGUGUGAUCCUAGGCCUCUCGCAGAGCUUUCAUCAUCAUCCUGCCGACUUCCAACCAGCUCAAAAUCAUGACUUUCAACCUGAGGUGACUCUCCAGACUACGUGGAAUAACCUUGUAGUAAAACGACAAACACAAAAAAAAACACAGACAAUACCAUCAACAACAAGAAAAAAAUAGGUGGUUUUGUUGCUUUGCACAUCAACUUACAGUUACAGACUGAAGAUAAAAUGUCUCAUCGAACAAAACAGACUCUAAAGCACAUGGCUUUCUCAGCGCUGGCGGAUGGUGGAUGGCGGAUGUGCAGUUUCCAUGUGGAUGGUAAAUAUUGCACUGACUUAAGCUGAACAAACAGAUUUAAGAAGCUUUUACCAGCAUAAACUGGGCCCAAAGUGUUGGGCACGUGGACCUGAGCUACAGCAAACGGACUGUUGAGACUUAUCUUUCUGGGGUUUGGGUGUGGAUGAAGUAAUGACGGAGCAGGGUUGUCAAAAAUACUCUAGUCACUGUUUUAUAGACUAUGCUCUAUUUAUUGGUCCUAACCUCACAGCAUAACUAAACAUGUAGCAUGUGCGCAAGUCCUGUCAUGGGCUACUGCUAAACUAAGCCAUGUUUGUUCUCCUCUUCCACAGUGUGAACUUUUAGCUUUUAGUUUUCUGUCUAAAUGGAAAUAACUCGCACAAUUCAAGUCAAUAAGUAUUGACCGUAGGCAUGUUAACGCAGAAACUAGAGCAUCAGCACUCAAGUUAGCAUACUGUACAUAAAUAUACAGGAAAUAUGUAGCUGAGCAAAUACCUAAUACAUACUAUAAGUACUUGUGUGACCUACUGGGAGAAAAGAAGAAAUUUUAAGCUAGGAGAAAUGAUAUGCAAAAUAAAAAGAAAAAAAAAAAUGUAAAAAAAGAUUUAACUCAGUUGUAGCCUUUAGCAUGAACAAAUUAGAUUUUUAACAGGUAAGGAUGUAGAUUGGUUCUGAGGUUGUUGCUUUAGAAGGUGUGCUGGGUGACCCUUCAUCAGAGAUUGUAAAAAGAAUUUAAAGGCGUAGUUUGACUUUUGGAAAAUAUGUUUGUUCUCACAGAGAAUUAGAUUAGAGAUCAAUGGCACACUCAUGUUUGUGGUUUAAGUACCGUAGGGGCUAGAGCUGGGAGGUAAAUAGCAUCAAGGCUGGAAAGAGGGGGGGGGAACCCACCAGUGUGCAUCUACAAAGCUUACAAAGUAAUGCGUAGAUGACAAACAGCAGUUUCAUACAGUAAUGUCCCUCGGGCGUCGUAGUGACGAUCAGAAACACACAAAAGCGGCACAUGAUUCUUCACAAUCCCUCUCAGUGCUGAGCUUAUGUCGGGUCAGAAUUUAAUUAAAGUUGAACAUUGGCUGCAAAACAUAGUGGAAAAUCUGUGUGGUGCACAGCUAUGGUUCAUGCAGCUUCCUGGGAGAGCACAGCUGAUGUCCUACACUGGACAGAAUGAUCUUAUUCAGACCAAACCUGUCGGUGUGGAACAGUGGGAUGGCUGUGGCAAACGGCAGAGACGCUGCACUGAAAAACCACAUCUAAAACUGCGUCUACUACUGCUACAAGUAUUUUUUUCUGAAGCCGUUUUCCCCCCAUUUGUCUGUCUUGACGCUUAGCCAGGCUAAUCACCUGCUGGUUCUUGAAUCCAUCUAAAAGGCGCAUACAUGUGUGUGAUAUUGAUCUUUUUAUCGAACGAUGGGUAAGAAAGUGAAUGAGUAUUUUCAAAAUAGUGAACUGUUCCUUUAAAAAAACAAAACAAAAAAUACUAUGCUUCCUUUAUCAAUUUAACCAAUGACUUUAGUUGCACUGUAGCAGUGGGGGUGGAGGGGGUGGAUGCAUCAGACCACUCCGGAGGUUCCCACAUCCUCUGUUUAAAAAAAGAUCUUGCUAUUUCUUCUUAUGCAUCAAAUCACUUUUAAAUUAUUAAGUUUUGAAUGUAGUUUGCAAAAUAAUGUUAUCAAUGAUAACAAGAUUUGAGUACAUGUGAAGUCUAUACUUUAAAAUAUGUGUGUGUAUAUACAGUAUAAACUGUGCUGUAUUUACAUAUAUCUGUAAGUAUGUAAGAUCUGAUACUGUGGGAGGCGCUUUUGUCAGCAAUAUAUUCAUCAUGUGCAAGUUGCAGUUUGAUUCCUGAUUUUAAGCGUUGGAUAAUUUAACUCGACAGGAAAUCUGUGGCAUUUGUGAUUUCUCACCCGUUCACCAGUGUGAUAAAUUAGAUGAUGCAUUAUAGCAUUAUCGGUAAGCUUCCUCCACAGAGCCAUGAGAAUCUCUGAUCAAAUCCACGUCUGUUCAGAGAGAAAUGUUUACCAAAGCACUGUCUGAUUAACACUGAUUUCUCUUCAUUUAUUGGAAAAAGCUCCAGGGCCCGGGGCCAAGCAGCCGUCUCCUUCCCAUUUCAGCAUUCUCUCUUUGUUCUGAAAAAUGAAAAACAAAACAAGGAGAGAGUUUGGAACUGGGUUACAUUAGUAUCUGAGGCCUGUGCAAUGUGUGUCACUGUAUUCUGUUCACUUCCUUCAGUUGUUGGACGACAAGGAUGUUAUAAUUUAUUUGUCCGGUUUGUUCUGUUCAUGUUUUUCUUUCAUAGAAGUGCAUUUUAGCGUGUUUUCCCCAUUCAAAGAGAAUGGGGGGUGCUGGGUGGAUUUUUUUGGGACCAGCUGUAUUGUACUGUAUGAAUCUAUAACUCUAGUGAAACACACACUACUGCUUUACAGGCUCUUCUGUAUUCAACCCUGUUCUGUCCACUUUGCAUACUGAGCAAGAUGAAGCAAAGCAUGGAGACAUCUGGGCAGCGUUCAGACGACAGCAAUCUGACCAAAAAUCUACACAAACAGCGGAUGUUAGAAUUAUUUGGACUGUUUUUUUUGUUUUUAUUUCAAGUCUGUGUCAUGUGGAGUCUGGAGUGUGCCACUGGAAUAACUGAAAGAAAAAAAACAAUGUUAGAACAUUUGUGAAAAGCGCAAAGACAAACAAUGAAUUGAUUAUCAAAGUAAUUGGUGAAUUCUCUGUCAGUCAGCUAAUCAAUCAAUCAAUCAAUCAAUCAAUCAAUCGACUAGUUGUCUCAGCACCGGUGAAAAGCAUAUUGCAAAUUCACUGAAAAGUCUUUAAACAGUCUUUAAAGGGGCAACAUGUAAUCAUUUGAAUCAGUCGGAAGUUAAAUUGACAGAAUGUGAAUAAAUAGGAGUUUUGAUCUUGUCUGUGUUGUUUUGCAGGGACAUCUAUUGAAAUUAGCAUGCUAACCAGCUAGCCCCGACCCGUCCUGGUCCAAAAAACUGGGUUGCAUGGCUAACUGCAGCUAAUGUCAGCUGCAGUGAGCAGUAACUGGUGGUUACUCUGCUGGGAUGCCGCUCCCUUGCAUGUUUUGAGCGUGAAUUUGACAGGUGGCCAAUUCUUAUAUAUUGCAUCUCUACACAGCGUCACUUAAAUACAUGAAUUGAUUAUUUAUUAAGUGCAUUAUUCCAUCAGGACACUCGAGACUCCACAGUUUCACAGUUGUUUUUUUUUUUAUUUUCAGUUCAGAUCGAAGCUGUUGUGUGGAUUAAUUUAUAUUUUUAUUCAAGUUAUGAAGGCUGUGGUACACAAACGGAAAAUGUCUGAAGGACAAAGGUAGUUUUUAGUGGCCCAAAUGUCAGGAAAUGAUGCACUGCAGAUGUUUGGUUGCUUGUCUUUUUAAUUUAUCAUUUUUGUGUAUAUUUUGUGUGAUUUGCUUUGAGCAGAGAUGUUUUCUAAUGGAAAUCUAUAGCUUUUGGAGUGGAUAAUAUAUUGAAAAUUAUACAAAGGAGGUAUUCUGUUAAUAUAGGGGGCAACAUAAGGUAAUGUAUAAGACACACAUGGAUAUCUUGUUAGGGAUAUUGUAAAGCUGUUUACUGUACGGAGGUAAAUAAAGUUUGUUUUCUUUAGAAUGUCUA